AUGGAGCAAAAGCUACGUGGCAUUCAGAGAGCCAAGACCCAAAGACGCGAGGAAUGGAAAGCGCAGAGAGAAAUAGUUAAGCAGCAGAAGAAUGUCUCGACGCAUACAAACGGAACAGUGCCCAAGCCUGAACCCGUUGAUUGCAAUCAAGUCAACGGCAAUCAUGAUGAGGAAGAGCUAUCUGAGGAGAAAAAGAUCAACUACGAUUAUUUGGCAUGGUAUCACCGAGUGACAGCCCUGACUGAACAGGAAAAGCAAUCGAUAAGCUAUGUUGAUUUGACGAAGAUUUGA